CCGGUUAGCAGAAAAUGGAAAUUAUCGAAACAAUGCUUUGAGACAUAGCUUUGACGAAGAGGGUGUUGUCAUCCUGUGAUUAUGUAUUUUUACAUGGUUUCCGUGUUGUUGAAAUUCAAAGAAAAGUAGUGUCGUCAAGCGACCGCCAAAGACGUCGUUUUUUUGUCUCGUCAAUAAAAACUUGUUUCUUAACAGAUGGAGGCUGGCAGCCUUGUCUCAAACAGAGAAGACAUUUCCUCGUUGUUCCCCGAGCAAACGACUGCUCCUAAAUAUAAAAUUUUAAACAGCCAGUUUUCCUCUGUGAGACAAGUGAGAGGGGACGGGAAUUGUUUCUACAGAGCUCUCUUCUUCGCUCAUUUAGAGUCAGUCCUACACAACGCCAGAGCUCUACAGAGGUUAAAGGAGAAAAUCAUUCAAACCUGCGAGAGCUUCACUUCAGCGAGAUUUGACGAGAGUUCCUACAAGCACCAUCUAAGCACAGUUGUAAAUGCUGUGGAGCAGUGCCAAGCUGAUGAGCAGGAGGACCGGCUGCUCUGGCUCUUCAAUGAUCAGACGACUUCUGACAGCAUGGUGCAAUAUCUCAGGCUGCUCACUUCAGCACACCUGCAGAACCAUGCAGACUUCUUCUGCAACUUUGUAGAGGCACCAAACCUGCAAGUCUACUGUCAGCAGGAGGUGGAGGCCAUGGCGAUGGAGAGUGAUCAUGUGGACAUCUUGGCUCUUUCUCAGGCUCUGGAUAUUUGCAUCCACAUCGUCUCUAUGGAGGGAGAUGAGCAUCAGUUGGCUCACCACAUCAUUCCAGAGGGGGCUGAGCCUUCAGUUCAUCUCCUUUACCAAACGUCACACUAUAACAUCCUCUACCCUCGGCAAUAACACUGAAC